CCAAAGAGGGAGAGAAGGGCUCACACUGCUGCUCUGGGCAGGCAAGAGAGCGCAGGCCUGGCCACCUUAUCCAGUGUGACGGCAGAGGGUCACUCUAAAAACUGCUGCUGCUGGGACUUGUCAGGUGGCUUCUGGUGGCUCCCCACCGGCUUUUCCUUCUCCCUUUCUCUCGCCACAGAUUGCUUCUCGAGAGGAGUCUGCUGCUGAAACUUCAUCGUCACCAGUUGGGGACACGACUUCACACAGGAGGCAAGCUCUUGCCUGCGACAGUGUGUUUGCCAACAUGGCCCCCAAAAAGAAGACUGUCAGAAAGAACAAAGGGGAUAUCAAUGAGAUGACCAUAAUUGUAGAAGAUAGCCCCCUAAACAAACUGAAUGCUCUGAAUGGGCUUCUAGAGGGAGGCAAUGGCCUUAGCUGCAUUUCUUCUGAAUUGACAGAUGCUUCUUAUGGCCCCAACCUCUUGGAAGGUUUAAGUAAAAUGCGGCAGGAGAGCUUCCUUUGCGACUUAGUCAUUGGCACCAAAACCAAAUCUUUUGACGUUCACAAGUCAGUGAUGGCUUCAUGCAGUGAGUACUUUUACAACAUCCUUAAAAAAGACCCGUCUACUCAGAGGGUGGAUCUCAAUGAUAUCUCACCGCUAGGCCUGGCCACUGUCAUUGCAUAUGCCUACACAGGAAAGCUGACUCUCUCCUUGUACACAAUAGGAAGCAUUAUUUCUGCUGCUGUUUAUCUUCAGAUCCAUACCCUUGUAAAGAUGUGCAGUGAUUUUCUGAUACGAGAGAUGAGUGUUGAGAAUUGCAUGUACGUCGCUAACAUUGCUGAAACAUACUCCCUGAAAAACGCGAAAGCAGCAGCCCAAAAAUUUAUCCGGGAUAACUUCCUGGAAUUCGCAGAAUCAGAUCAGUUUAUGAAACUUACAUUUGAGCAAAUUAACGAGCUUCUCAUAGAUGAUGACUUACAGUUGCCUUCUGAAAUAGUAGCAUUCCAGAUUGCAAUGAAAUGGUUAGAAUUUGACCAAAAGAGAGUGAAAUAUGCUGCAGAUCUUUUGAGCAAUAUUCGCUUUGGUACCAUCUCUGCGCAAGACCUGGUCAAUUACGUUCAGUCCGUACCCAGAAUGAUGCAAGAUGCUGAUUGUCACAGACUUCUUGUAGAUGCUAUGAACUACCACUUACUCCCGUAUCAUCAAAACACAUUGCAGUCUAGGCGCACGAGAAUCCGUGGGGGCUGUCGAGUCCUCGUCACUGUUGGGGGACGUCCAGGCCUUACUGAGAAGUCCCUUAGUAGAGACAUCUUGUAUAGAGACCCUGAAAAUGGAUGGAGCAAGCUUACAGAAAUGCCAGCCAAGAGUUUCAAUCAGUGUGUGGCUGUGAUGGACGGAUUUCUUUACGUGGCCGGUGGUGAAGACCAGAAUGAUGCAAGAAAUCAAGCCAAGCAUGCAGUCAGCAAUUUCUGCAGAUACGAUCCCCGCUUCAACACCUGGAUACACCUGGCCAGCAUGAACCAGAAGCGCACGCACUUCAGCCUGAGCGUGUUCAACGGGCUCCUUUACGCCGUGGGCGGCCGCAAUACAGAAGGCAGCCUGGCCUCGCUGGAGUGCUACGUGCCCUCCACCAACCAGUGGCAGCCGAAGACACCCCUGGAGGUGGCGCGCUGCUGCCACGCCAGCGCGGUCACCGACGGCCGGGUGCUGGUGACUGGCGGCUACAUCGGCACUGCGUACUCGCGCUCGGUGUGCGCCUACGACCCGGCCAGCGACGCGUGGCAGGAGCUGCCGGGCCUGAGCACGCCCCGAGGCUGGCACUGCGCCGUCACGCUAGGCGACAGGGUGUAUGUGAUGGGGGGCAGCCAGCUGGGGCCGCGCGGGGAGCGCGUGGACGUGCUGCCGGUGGAGUGCUACAGCCCCGCCUCGGGCCAGUGGAGCUUCGCGGCGCCGCUGCCGGUGGGCGUGAGCACGGCGGGCGCCUCGGCGCUGCACGGGCGCGCCUACCUGCUGGGCGGCUGGAACGAGGGCGAGAAGAAGUACAAGAAAUGCAUCCAGUGCUUCAGCCCCGAGCUCAACGAGUGGACGGAGGACGACGAGCUGCCCGAGGCCACCGUGGGCGUGUCCUGCUGCACCCUCUCCAUGCCCAACAGCGUGACCCGGGAAUCCCGAGCCAGCUCGGUGUCCUCGGUGCCAGUCAGUAUCUGAACCCCGGUAGACGCGGGGACGCAGGAAGACCCAAUAUUUAUUCGUGGUUAACCUUUGACUUAGCGAAAAGGAAAAUAUAUAACAUUUACUACAAUGAUUGUAUUUUAAAAUGUAUCGAGCCAUAUAUCUUGCUGGUUUUCAGUUCCUGGUGUGGCAUAAUCUACCUCUGUGUCAAUUUUUUUUUUUUUUAAGCAAAAUGCAGAGCCAUCACCGACAAAGAAAAUAAAAUAAUUUAUUUCAGCGGCCGCUGGGUGGCAGACAGAAUUCCUGGUAGGCGCUCUCCCAUCGUGGCUCGUUCCUGCGUGUAGAGCGGUUACACCCACAUUUGAAUUUUUUCUUCUACACUUUAGUACACAUGAAGCUUACGUGAGUAAGCGACUUCACAUACAAAAGUUUAUUUUCCUCUGUUUUUUCUUUAGAAAAUUGAAAAUAUUCAUUUAUGGAUUUUGUUUUGAAAUGGAAAUCCGUCUCUAUCCAUCAAGACAAGAUUUAAUUCUGUAUUUCAGUGCGGUUUCUUUUCCUAUACGUGACUGAGUACAGGAUUUUGAAAGGCAGCCCAUGACAAAGUCAUAAAGCGUAGAACAAAGUCGGACUGGAAAGGGCUGACAGGCUAACCCGGAGACCGGCACUUUUGCUUAGCGCUGACUCCCUCUUCCUCCAUUCCCUGGGCCCCAGUGUAUUUUUUAUCAUAAAAUCCUGCUUUCAGAAAAGGAACUGAUGUUAGUCAUUUAACUUACAGUGUAAAUUUAAAUCAUUUUGUUGUAUCUCCUAAAAGUAUUUGCACUUUCACCCUUGUCCCUUAUUAAUGGAGUUGCCAAGUCUCAUGGGAGCCCCUCCCUCCUCCGAAAAACUACACGAAGAUGGUUAAAGGCAACCUUGACCCUAAUGUAAUCCUGGGAAAAACACCAACUAAAACUGUGUCCGUAAGGAUCGUUAACUGAAAGCUUAUAUAGCCUAAAGGUUAUACAACCAACAGGAGUAAUUCGAUUUCUUGCACUCUUUUAUGUGGAUGAGAAUGAAGAAAACACUUGGAAUUCUCGGAUUUGACAAUAACAGGCUGAAUGGAUUCUCCUGCUGGUAAAUGCCAUUGUGUUCCAUUUCAUAGCAGUCCUCCUGAUUUCUUAAUUAAAAUUCUAACACAUUCAUUUCACAUACAAAUAUUAAAAUAAGAUACGCCCAUUCUAUUCUGUCUUUUUAAAUCUCACCUGUUCCAAAUUAGCUUUGCAAAGUAAAGUUUAUCCACUCAAUAUCAUUUUUCUUAUAUGUUUUCCAAGUUUUGGAGCAAGGGAAUGAUUGUAGUAAAUGAUAUUUAUUUUCCUUUCUUAUAAUUUAUCACUUUAUUCUUUGAUAGUUGAUUUGUUUUGGAGAGGAAGUGGCCUAUCAAUUAUGGGUUACGUGCAAUUGGAUUUUGAAACAUAAAACAAACUAAGCGGUUAAACAUGA